AUGAAGUUCAUAGAGCCUUCCCUAGGGAAGGGCAGGUUUCGGCUGAACAGACCAAUCAACCAAAACUUCGUGGUCGGUGCCAUCCUCUUCUGCCUCCCUGGUAUCUACCUGGCAUUGACAGGUCUCGGUGCCGGUGGUGGACGUCCUUCGUCGCAGACAGUGGCUUCCACAACCAAUGCGGUGUUGUAUGGACUGUUCUGCCUCUUCGGCUGGAUCGGAGGCGCCAUCCUCAACUUAGUCGGACCAAAGUUGACCAUGGCCUUCGGAGCUCUUGGCUACCCUCUGUACGUGGGCGGCCUCUGGUACUUUGACCGACAGGGUCACUCUUGGUUCCCGUACUUUGCCGGCGCAUCGCUCGGUGUGACCGCCGGCUGUCUCUGGACGGCGGCCGGGUUUGUCCAAUUUGCCUACGCAGAAGAAGACCAGAAGGCUCUGUUUAUAACCUGGCAAUGGGUCUUCACAUCCUUUGGCGGCACUAUCGGCAGUCUGAUCGCCUUCGGGGUCAACUUCCACCAGACCGAGUCCACCGGUGUGUCGAACGCCGUCUACACUGUCUUCAUCGUCAUCAUGUGCAUGGCCAUUGUGAUUGCACUGGUCUUCAUCAUUUCGCCUAAGAAGGUUGUCCGCGAUGACGGCACCCACAUCGCCAUCUUUACGCAGCCGCGAGUCGUGGACGAAGUCAAGGGUCUCAUUCUGUGGUUCACCGAUUUCAAGAUCCUCGCCUUGAUUCCCGGCAUCUUUGUUGCUGAGAUGAACCUCGCUCUCCUCUCCAGCAUCAACGGAUACUACUUCAACCUGCGGACGCGGUCGCUCAACAAUGUUAUGUUCCAGUUCAUCAUGAUGCCGUGUCCGCUGCUCCUGGCGUACGUCAUGGACACGAAUUAUAUCAAGUCGCGCCGGACCCGUGGCAUGAUCGGCGCCAUCAUCGUCGGCACGAUUUGCCUAGCCACCAAUGCUGGGCUGGCGGCGUGGAUCACUCACAACGACGUCAACCGCCAGACCAACACUCCCCCGGGGGUCGACUGGUCUGACAGCGGGUUUGGGGCCGGGUUUGUUCUGUACCUGCUAUCCGGAAUCAUCUAUGCGACCUACCAAAUCGUGGUCCAGUGGACGUUGGGCGCCCUGACCAACGACCCGGUGCAGUGCUCGCGGCUGGCGGGGCUGUUCAAGGGCACGACCUCGCUGGGCAUGUGCAUCUCGUUCGUGCUGGACUCGAAGAACGUGUCGUACAUCGAUCAGCUGAUCGUGCAGUUCACGCUGUACGCCGUGGGGCUGGUGUUCCUGCUGGGCAUUAUCUGGUUCUGCGUCAAGGACACAAACUACUUCCUCGAAGAGAACGUCAUCGUGCCGCACCGGUGGGAGGAGCGCGCGCGCAUCGAGGGCCUCGUCGCCGACGAGCAGAUCGAGCGCGAGCACCAGAAGGAGAUGAUCGCGCAGAGGGGUGUCGCCGUCGAUGCCAAAACGGUCGGCGAGGUCAUUGAAAAGGGCAUCAUGCCAUGA